AGACCUGCGUUUGUCACUUGGCCCAGAUCACCUAGACACGAUCCGUCCAGACAGCUUUUGCGCCGGUAUGUACAAGUCAGGCAGUCUGCGCAUUCGAGGUCAGCGGCUGCUUAUGAAUGGCCUCUGGGGAGACUUGGACCGUGUCGACCGCUGAAUGUCCACGCCGUUCCAAUGGACAUCACUUCGGACAGGACAGGACAAAACCAGCCACCACGGAUUGUCCUGCCUUUGGCGUGAGUUUCCCUCAGCUGGGAUGCGUGAAAGAACACGAGGAUGGAACCACACAACUUGCCAUCGUGCACCAUUUGGUCUGGAUGCGAACAUGGUCCUUCUUCUCGAAUGCACGUCGAGUUUCCCCCGUAUUCACGCUUCAAAUCCGUUUUAUCGCGAAUUUUCACUCUCCAAACAGAAUAGGGUAACCACUAGAAAGCUCCAGCAAGAUUAUCAUCGAGCAUAUCCUCUCCAUCCGUGCAGGAGCUGUAAUCCAAGCGCCCCAGAAGAAGGAGCACAUACGAUCCGCGACGGAUCACAGCAGGAGAAGUCACGACGGACAAUGGAACUGCACUGCUGCGACCGAGCCCAAGUGGGAAUGCCAACCGGUGCCGACGGGGCAACUGAACGACCCCCUUUCAGCCCGGAUUGGCGUUCCAUGGCAGGCGAGAAGGAGAAUCUAUGGGCAGGCAGGGGCGCUCCGUGAUCCGCUUUCAACCACCGAUCUUGUCUAGAAGGAGCGUGUCAUUCUGGUCACCUGCUCGUGAGGACUCGUCUAAACAGCCUUCU